AUGAAUCAUCCAGAGAGCGUCACGAUUAUAGACGGGACGGCUUGCUUAGGCAAGACGUCCGUGCUUAAGAGAAUAAGUCUUCAAUACCCGAAUGUGGUAAUUGGAGAUUUUGCAGAAGAUGUCCGACUGUACCCAGUCUUCAAAGACAAGAAUACCGAUGGUGCCAUCGACAUCGCGUAUACUAUUUUCCAAUUGUCCAAACUACAAGCAAGAUCAAUUCACGAUAGAGGGCCCUUAAGUGCACUCACCUACUCAUUAAUCUUUUCAAUCAUCGAAGGAAGAAGGUCCCUACAACAAACAGAAGACCUUAUCGCCCGGUUCCCCAGGGAAAUGUGGGAGAUACCGAAACGAAUGCAGACGAUAAUUGUGUUAGAAGACGAUCCACAAGCAUGUCUGGAGCGAAUGCGCCUUAGAAACAACGGUCUUGAUGUCAUGACCAUAGAAUACGUAAAGAUACAGAACGAAGUAUUCAAAUUGAUUGCAAGUCGUAUAGGUGCAAAAAAAUUGACACGUAAAAAAGAAGAACCAAUGGAAGCCUGGAUUCAUAGACUCCAAAAAGAGAUCAUGUUGUUACACACAACUCGCACACAAGCAAAAACUUUUUUUUAA